GGAAGCUUGUUGCAGCUCUAGCCACGGUCCUACCCUCUUCCCGCCACGGUCCUACCCUCUUCCCGCCACGCCCCUCCCCUAAACUCCCUUCACCUAGGAGCUGCCAAACAUCUGGAUCAACCUGGGCACUACGAGGGGUUGAAUUUCUACCAUUAACGCGCCUUUUGACAUUUUUUUCCCGACCUCCUGCUCACAUGCGUAAAACCCACUGAAUCUUUUACUACACUUUUUAUGAGAACAAGACAUUUUCUAGGAAGAUGGUGGCAGAAAAAGAGACCCUGAGCUUAAACAAAUGCCCAGACAAGAUGCCGAAGAGGACCAAGCUGCUGGCCCAACAGCCGCUCCCGGUGCACCAGCCUCACUCCCUGGUUUCUGAGGGCUUCACAGUCAAAGCCAUGAUGAAAAACUCAGUCGUGAGAGGCCCUCCAGCUGCAGGGGCAUUUAAAGAAAGACCAACCAAGCCCACAGCAUUUCGAAAAUUCUAUGAGCGAGGUGACUUCCCAAUUGCCCUUGAGCAUGAUUCGAAAGGAAACAAGAUCGCCUGGAAGGUAGAAAUUGAGAAGCUGGAUUACCAUCAUUAUCUGCCUCUGUUUUUUGAUGGGCUUUGUGAAAUGACAUUUCCCUAUGAGUUUUUUGCUCGGCAAGGAAUCCACGACAUGCUGGAACACGGUGGGAACAAGAUCCUACCUGUCCUUCCACAGCUCAUUAUCCCAAUAAAAAAUGCCUUGAACCUCCGAAACCGACAGGUCAUCUGUGUCACUCUCAAGGUCCUCCAGCAUCUGGUUGUGUCAGCUGAGAUGGUGGGCAAUGCCUUGGUGCCUUAUUACCGUCAAAUCCUCCCUGUCCUGAACAUCUUUAAGAAUAUGAAUGUGAACUCCGGAGAUGGCAUUGACUACAGCCAGCAGAAGAGGGAGAACAUUGGUGACUUGAUCCAGGAGACGCUGGAGGCCUUCGAGCGCUACGGAGGAGAAAAUGCCUUUAUCAACAUUAAGUAUGUGGUCCCAACCUACGAGUCUUGCUUGCUAAACUAACAGUGGCAGCAGCUGGGACUUGAAGCCUCCCGUUGGUGUUGGGAUCAUCUGUCUCUGCUGCUUUUAGCUUCUCAUUCCUUGUGACUUCCACAGCUUUCUUUUCUACAGCUGCUAAAACAGUGGCUUAUGGGCCAUUGGACUGUUAGCCCUAUUGAGAGCAAGGCUUUCCAAUACAUAAAUAGUGCCUGUUUCUUAGAUUACAAUAGUGUACUGUGCUUAUUUGUUCUAUGAGAAGAAUUGCUUCUUUAUACAGCUCCGACAGAAGCAGGAGUCCGAGUUAAACCUUCAGUUGUAUAGACAAUAAACUAUAAUUUUCAUACGCAAUUCA